AUGAAGUUCCUUGUUCUCCUCCUUCUCACAAUCAUCGCCUUCUCGAAUUGCGACAACUAUGACGAUCUUAAAGUUCUUGUCAAAAACUUCGAAGCCAAGAUCCAAUCUUUGUUGGCUGCCAAAAACUUCGAUGGUCUUUCGAAGUAUCUUGAAGAUCAUAUGAAUUUCAGCGUAAAUGAAGUGGAAGGAGGUCAAAAACAAGAUUUCAUCAAUUGUUUGAAAAAUGGAACAUUUGUUAUGUUCGAUGGAGUUGCUCCCAAAGAUAUUCCAGAAAUCGAAGCAUAUGAAGAAAACAGUCAAAUUAAUGUUUAUCGAGGUUUUCCAGGAAAAAGAUACGUCGAUUACUUGAUCGAAAAACAAAACGGAACCGAGUUCGGCUAUCUCUUAAUUCAUUAUUUUGACUACAAAAGUUCUGCUAAGUUCUGA